UCUCCGGAAAAACUUACUGGAACUGGGAAUGUAACAAAUCAUUCAUUCUCCAGUUUUCGAUGUCAUGAAAUUUGGACCUUUUCACGUUUUUAUUUUGUUUUUAUUUCUACCCAGUCAGGAAGCAUUCGCCUCAGUGAAUAAGAAAAUCACGCUCACGCAACCGACCGUGAUUCUGAUUUCUUUCGACGGAUUUCGUUGGGACUACUUAGACAAAGUUCAAACUCCUAAUUUUGAUUCCGUGGUACGAAAUGGAGUAAAAGCCAAACAUGUUAUUAAUACUUUUGUCACGAAGACAUUUCCAAAUCAUUAUACGAUUGUGACAGGAUUUUAUGAAGAAAGCCAUGGAAUCAUCGGGAAUAACAUGUACGAUCCUGUUUUCAACGAAACUUUUUAUAUUGGUUCGCCUUCUUACCUAGAUAUUAAAUGGUGGAGGAGUGGUGAACCUAUUUGGAUAACGAACCAGAAGGCCUUGAAAAAAAGUGCUGUCGUUUUCUGGCCAGGGUCAGAAGUAAAAGGGCAAACGCCUACGCAUUUUUUGAAGUACGACAGGGAAUUUCCUUUCGAGAAAAGAGUGGAUUACCUGCUCGAUCAAUUAGAAGGAGAUGACCCUCCUAGUUUUCUCGCUGCGUACUUUCACGAGCCGGACCAUACUGGUCAUAAGGUUGGCCCAAAUUCGCCAGAGCUCCUAACAGUUAUACGCAGAGUGGAUAACGUGACUGGAUAUCUGUUGAAAAGUCUACAAACUCGAGGUUUGUCGGACCAGGUUAACCUGAUUAUCACCAGUGAUCAUGGAAUGGCAGAACUAAACAGCUCUCGCAUCAUUGAACUAGAUAAGUUUGUACCAUCUGACUGGUACACUCUUGUCACGUGGCCUGGAGGAUCAAACGGAUCAGAUGUUUAUUUCCAUGUUUUACCUGAGGAUGGCAUGUUAAGCAAGACCUACCAAAAGCUCAAGGUUAUCCCACAUCUUAAUGUUUACCUUAAGGAAGAAAUUCCAGAGGAAUUCCAUUAUAAACAUAACAGACGUGUCAUGCCAAUUUUGAUUGUCGCUGAUGAUCAAUGGAUAAUUACCAGAUCCAUUACACAAAUACAGAAUUAUCAUGGAAACCAUGGUUACAAUAACAAGUAUUCAGACAUGCAUCCUUUUUUCCUUGCUCAAGGACCGGCAUUCAAAUCAAACUUUAUCUCUGAACCCUUUGAGAAUGUUCACAUUUAUCCUCUUAUGUGCCAUGUACUUGGGAUUCAGCCGUCAUCAAACAAUGGAUCAUUAUUAGCAGUUCAACAGCUCCUGAAAAUAACUCCACAAGAAUCUAAACAGGAUUUCACAGCCCUGAUUGUACUUUCUGUAAUUUCAUUUGUUGUUUUUCUGCUAAUGAGUUAUGGCAUUGUCUCCUUUUGCAUCAAAAAUCAUUGCAGAAUGCGACAAUAUGGACAUAUUUAUGACUUGGGAACAUCAGACUUUGAUCUCUAAGUAGGAAAAUAGUAGAUAUAUUUUGUCAUCCAGUUAGUGCAUGCACUAUUGUUGGUCAGUUUAACAGGCAAUAUUUCACUGUAUGGUCUUCUCAAUUGAUUUAAAAUGUUUCCCUUCUCCUUUAGUCCAGAUAUAUAACAAAUGUCUUACUCACUUUGUUUUUCUCUGUCUGUAGUGUUAGUUAGGGAAACUCUUUUUUUUUCUGCUCUUAUUUAUAACCUGCACUCUUUGCUUGGGCCAUUAAUUUGAGUGGGAAAAACUUGGUCCAUUACUUACAGUUCAGUCCUCAAACUUGGUUUACUUAGUAAGUGUUAUGUGUAGUAUUGGAAAAUUACUUUUUUUACAUAGCUUUACCAUUACAUAUUUAUAUACUGUGUUGGGUUUAGUUUUUACUAAUUAUAUAAAGAGAAUUAUUUAAAAGUUCAUUGUUCAAUUUGAGUGGAUUCUUUUUAACGUAACUGUUGCAGGACCUUCUUGAUCACAAUUUGGAGUCAUUUCAGAUGAUUAGAUUAAUUUCACCCUUUCACUCCCAAGAUCUUCCAAGUAAUUCUCCUAACAGUCUCCCAUACAAUUCUUAUCAUGUAAGUUUGGAGAAUUUGGUAUUGGAUCAACUUAAAAUCCCCUUGUUGAUAUUUUCUGUAUUCUCAACAGUUGUCUUCCUGAUAUUGUAUUGAUAUUGAAAGGAGGAAUUCUGUCUUGGUCAUUCAUAGGAGUGAAAGAGUUACUUUAUUAGUAUAUGAAAGUUUAAAGGGAUUAAUAUAUUUUCCUUAUUGUGGAAGGUAUUUACAUGGCAUGCUCUAGGUGACAGAAUUACGGUGGUAGUAUGAUGCAAGUUAACCCAUCAGAAUGCAAACGUUUGUUUAAAGUUUCAAAUAAGUAGCUUUUGAAAUAAAACGACAUCCGUUGUAUUUUAUGUUUAGGAAA